UCAGGAAGUUUCCUAAAGUAACUUUGAAGGAGACCAGAAUAACCUUUCCAAAUAAACAAAUCUUGCAAAACAUUUGAAUAAAUCGCUUAAAAAUAACAACACAAUAUAAAAAUGCAAGAGGAUAUGGAUUCUGAUGGGAUUACAGAUUCACCAAAGAAAGGUCCAACACUUUCUACUUCAACAUCCAGUUUUGAGGCCCUGGAUCCCCACGACCCUAAUUUAAGCCGUCUGGCGACCACAAUGUUUAAUAAAACUGCUGAAUAUUUAUAUGGGGAAUUGACCUCCACAUUGGAUGACUACAAACUUAUUGAAAACAUGAACAGAGCAACUAUCACUAAAUACUCUGACAUGAAACAUAUUACCGGAAAUAUAGCUAAAGGGAUGACUGAUUUAAAUGAAAAAUGCAAUACUCUGCAACCUUAUUUAGAUCAAAUUGAACAAAUAGAAGACAGUGUUGUGAAGCUUGAACAAGCUGCAUACAAACUGGAUGCUUAUUCAAAACGCCUAGAAGCGAAAUUUAAGUCACUCGAAAAGCGAUAACCGUUUAUAAAAUAAUUUGACAUUCCUUUUGACAGACAAAAUAAUUAAUCCCUAGAAAACUAAGAAAACAUGUUAAUAACUUUAUCCAAUAAUUUAAUAUGAUUUUGUUAUGUAUUUGUUACUGUAUUGUUGACUGUAUACUGGAUUUAAGACAUUAUACGCAUUUUGCACUUG